AUCGGUUGUGUGAUUUUGAAUUUGCGUUCGAUUUAUUUUAAUUCGGUUUAAUUUUUUUAAUCAUAAUUUUACGGUACCUUUUAUAGGAAACAUAUUUCAGUGACCUGAUUUAUUAUUUAUGUUUGUAAUCAGUCAUUGAAUAAAAUUUCUGUUAUCAAAAUGCAAGAAACCGUUACGACCAGCAACGAAAGAAAAUCUUUGUUUUCUUCAUUUCUCGAGGUCCUGGACGCUCGAGAAAAGCAAUCUCAAGCAGAAAGGCAAUUACAAGAAGAAAAAUAUCUCCGAAGAACCCAAAAAAUUUACGAUUAUCAUGAGCGUCAACGGCGCGAGGCGGUGGAGCUGCGUCGUUGCCUCGACUACGUGUCGCAGCACGCGCACGUGCUCGAGUCGGUGCUGCGCGGCGGCGGCGGCGGCGGCGAGGGCGUGCCGCUGGGCGCGUCGCUGGUGCGGCAGGCGGCCGCGCUGCAGCGCUGCAUGGCGCAGUGCGUCGCCAACGCUGCACGCAUCAGGCAUUUGCUCACUGCCACGCAUCAGCCUCAGAUGGACUCCUUGCUCGCUAAAAUGGAGGCGGAGCUGAGCGCGUGGACGUCGUUCCUGCAGCGCGCCGUGGACGCCACCACGCACACGGAGGUGGUCAUAGACAACCUGCACAAUAUGAUCGCGGAGCAGCGUCGGUGCGUGCGCGAGGUGUCGUCCUCCACGGUGUUCGCGUCUAUGUGUGAGCCCAGUCCCAUAGUGGUGGAGGGAGCGGGCACGGGCACGGGGGCGGGGGCGGGCGCGGGCGCGGAGGCGGAGGCGGGCGCGAGUGCGAGCGCGGGCUCGAGCCCCCCGCGCUCCCCGCUCGAGCGCCGCGCGCCCUCCGCCGCGUGCAGCACGCCCAUAGCGCGCGACUAGCACGCGCCCGCGCCCGCCCCCGCCCCCGCGCCCGCCCCCGCCUCCGCCUGCACCGCGGCCAUGUGCCUCCUGCCGCUGUUCAGACUAUAUAACGCUACGCUGUGAUGCGAGUGUCGGGGCGCGUUUUCAA